GGGGGUCGGCGUGGGGGCGCAAUCUCCAGCUAGCCCCGCGUCGACCGAGCCCAGGCAGCCGGGCUCGCCACGGCGUCGCGGCGAUCAGGCGGAUGACCUGCUCGCGGACAUCUUCGAUGACCCCGAGCCGCCGGCGCGCGCGUGCGCCCCCAGCCCCGCAGCGGCAGCGCCGACGGCCGAGGAGGCCCGCGCGGCCGAGACGGGGGCGCCGGUGGAGGGGGCGGCCGCGUCCGUGGAGGAGCAGGUCGCGCCGGCGCACAUGGUGAUCGCGGCGCCGAUGGCCGUGGAGGAGAGCUGCGCGGCCGACGCGGGGGCGCCGGCGGAGGGGGCGGCCGCCCCCGCGGGGGAGCAGGUCGCGACGGCACGCGUUGUGAUCGAGAACGUGAAUGCUCUCCCCUCUGGCUCAAGGGACGACAUGAGCAAGCACUUGGAGGAGGUCAUGGAUAUUUCCGAGCUCGAGGGCGUCGACUUCCACGGGGGCGACACCCUGGCCAAGAUAUCUGGCGUUGACGUUGCCGAGGAGAUGACGCUGGAGGAGGAGCUGUUCGCCGUCGGCGCCUCGCUUCCUGAGGUGGGCGUGGACUUCGAGGUCGACCCCGAACUCGAUGGGGAUGGCGGCGGGCCGUCGCCGCCGCUAUCCGAGGACGCGAUGGCGGCGGCCGUCUCCGCUGGUUGCUCACCUUUGCGCCGUGCGAUCCGUCAGUACGUCGACAAUCUCCACGGCCCCCUGAGGCUCGACUUCGUCAGGGCCAUCGUGGCCCUGGACAGCCGCCUGGCCCUGGACGGCGACAGGGAGUCGGAGAUCAGCGUGGGCACCCUCUUCUCCGGGUCCGACAUA